AUGUAUGAUUAUGAUGCCCUUAAAUCCAUCGAAGAGACUCCUCCACCUCCUCCUUACUAUUGUCGCAAUUGUACGGCUGUUCCCCUUAGACCUUUCGCUGCACGCACUUAUGCUGCCCUCGGCGACUCGUACGCUGCCGGCGCGGGUGCUGGACAUCUGAUAUUCACACCUAGUGGGGGCCUUGGUUGUGGACACUAUUCGGACGCUUACCCUGUGCAAGUUGCAAACAGCACCAACUUGGACAUUGAGAAUUUCAAGAACCUCGCUUGUGGUGGAAUGACCAGUGUCACAGUGCUGCGUGAUCAAGUGCCUCAUAUUGGUGGAUCGGAUGUUGUAACUGUCACAGUCAGCGGAAACGAAGUCGAUUUCUUCGUUGUGCUCAAUGAAUGUGUCUAUCACUGGUGGCCAUCUUCGACCUGUGAAGCAGAGCUCGCUAAGGCCAGAGGGCUGAUAGAGUCUCAUGUGUUAUGGGACAAUUUCCAGGCACUGGUUCGGGGAGCUGGAGAGAAAUUACAGCCUGAUGCCCUGUUGCUGGUAACAGGCUACGCCAGGUUCUUCAACGAUCACACCAAUAUAUGUGAUCAUGUCACAUUCAGCCGGACGCGGCCCUUGGACUACCUCACUAAGGCUAAGAGGAAGACCUUAAACCAGCUGGUCAUGAUGUUGAAUGACGUUAUUCGAGCGACCGCGGAGGUGCAUGGCGCUGUGUACGUGGAUAUUGAUGCAGCAUUCGAAGGGCAUCGCUUCUGCGAGGAGGAGGUGCAAGAGCCCGAUCUCAGAAGACACGAGACAUGGUUCUUCAACCUACCGUCAGCGGAAACAAGCAUGCAUGUGAGCGAGCAGAUGUUGCGUGUUCAAAAUCAGAAUCUGCAGGCACAUGGAGGGAUCAAUAGGUUGCCGAACGGGGAUUUCCCAAACAUUGAAACUUGGAGGGUGUUCCAUCCCACAAGCCUCGGGCACAAGGGCAUCGCGAUGGUGAUCAUGGAUGAAGUUCUUGCGCGUACCGCUGGUGGGAAAUAA